UCGAUUGUCCCCAGACGGGAGCGCGCGCACCUGUGCGAGCGAGGGUACUUAGUUUAAGCUGGCCGAAGCCAGGAGGGCGUAGCAUCGAAAAAUGUAGACCGGCUGAACGGCGCGUGGAGCUACAGGCGUCCAGUUACAGCUGUGCACGCACCGCGCCUAGCUAGCAGCAGGCUGCGCGAGGAUGACGGUGAACGAGAGGGCGACGCGCGCUCUGAAGGAGAUCCUGCAGAAGCCCGGCAACGACACGUGCGCGGAUUGCGGCGCCCCCGAUCCUGAGUGGGGCUCCUGUUCCCUGGGGGUCUUCAUUUGCCUGGGCUGCUCCGGAAUUCACCGGAACCUUCCCAAUGUGGGCAAGGUCAAGUCUGUGACGCUGUCGCGCUGGGAAGACUCUGAAGUGAAGUUCAUGGCAGAGAACGGAAAUAAAACCAUGAAGGCCAAGUAUGAGGCCGUGGUUCCCGUCUACUACUACAAACCCUCGCACAAAGACUGCCAGGUACUGAGGGAGCAGUGGAUCAGGGCCAAAUAUGAGAGGAAGGAGUUCACGGAGGAGUUUGUCGAGACGGGAGGGAAGCUGCCCUAUGAACAGGAGAUGCGGGAGGGCCAGCUCAUGAAGAGGGGCCGCGACAACGGGCAGUUCUUGAGCCGGAGGUUUGUCCUCUUUGAGCGAGACGGCACGCUGAAGUACUACACCAAGCAUGACUCCAAGGUACCUAAGGCAGUGAUCAAGGUGGACACCAUCAAUGCCACUUUCCAGCCGGAGAAGAUCGGGAACCCUAAUGGGCUCCAGAUCACCUACCGCAAGGAUUACUGCACCCGCAACAUCUUCCUCUACCACGAGAGCAGUAAGGAGAUAGUGGACUGGUUCAACUCCGUCCGAGCUGUGCAGUUCCACUACAUGAAAGUGGCUUUCCCAGGAGCCUCUGAUGCUGAGCUGAAGCCCAGACUGACCAGAAAUUUUCUGAAGGAAGGGUACAUGGAGAAGACAGGCCCGAGGCAAACAGAAGGCUUCAAGAAGAGGUGGUUCACUUUGGACCGCCGACUUCUGAUGUACUUCAAGGACCCUUUGGAUGCCUUCGCCAAAGGGGAAGUGUAUCUGGGUCACCGCGACCUGGGCUACAGUGCCAAGGCCGGCCUGCCAGCGGGCACCCACUGCAACGGUGCAUGGCAGCACGGCAUCACUAUCGAGACACCCGAUCGCAACUUCCUGUUCACCUGCGAGUCGGAGGCCGAGCAGCAGGACUGGCUGACCCACUUCAACGCAGUCAUCGCCACGUCCAUGUCUCCACAGGAGUACUCCAUGGAGGCUCUUUUUAAGCGCAAACACUGACUGACAUGAACACUACUGCCGGUCGGACAUCCAGCACCAAACAGAUCCUGGCAGGGGACCUUCAUUGCUGCUCUUCCACCAAACUGGCCAUGUGGUGCGAGGGUCCCUCUCUAUGUUUACUGCAUUUCAGCAGAAUAGCUUUAAAAGUGACACAACCUGAAAUCUGCCAUUGAGAGUUAUGGACUGUUGCUGUACAGUAGCAUGUAUUAAUGUUUUAAAGAAAAUCCUUUUUCAUGGGAUGACAGUACUGUGUGUCAAAAUACUUGUACACUAAUUCAUUUUGUAUUUUACUGCAUCAUAAUUGUAAGCCAUGACAUUAAAUUAAUUACAUUCAAUUAAAAUAUUUUACAAUAUGGAAUGGCAGUACCACUCAUUAUUACAAAUUUAGUUUUCUCUGGUGUUGUUUAGGAAACAGUUUUCGAAUUUUUAGUUACAAAGAUGUCCUAGUUCCCAUCUUCUCAGUACCAUGUGGUCAAUGUGAUCCAACAUCAGUUCCUUCAGCACUUCUGACACCUACUGGCAGAUAGCAGUACUACAGCAUGGUAAUAUAGAUGACGGAGCCAUUUAACUUCAAACAGGAGGGCAUGUGAUAAUUUAAGAAUUUAGCUGUAUGGCUAAAUUAUAGUAAAGCCCAUUAGAUGCUUAAAAACCGCUGGGAACAAAAACAGCCUUAUUUAAUAGUGACCUGGUGCCCCAACAUAAAUCACACCAAUGAGCCAAAUAUAAUGGCGCUGACUACCAUUAAUGACAUUUGUUGAGCCCCUGUACCUGGCAAGUGGUUAAAAUUUUGGACCCUAUGUAAUAUUAAAAGCAAAACUAGCCAAAAUGAAGAUGUCACUUCCAUCACCACAUGAGUAUUAACUCAUGAGUGAAACCACCAAAUAGCCACCGUAUGUGGAUGCAAAUAUGGAUGUAAGUGGUGGUGUAUUUCUGCUGUGGUCCAUUAUGAACUUUUUCAUAACUAUUGAUUUAUACUUAUUUUUAAUUUGGGGCGUUUAAUUCACUGCAUGGCAUUCCAUGUUAAAUGUUUGAUUCUGGAUAGAUGGUGUGUGUUUGCAAACUGGAGAGUCUUUAAAAACAACAUGGAGUUCCCUUCCUAUCCUACAUUGCUCUGUCCAGCUUGGCUGCCUUUGUCAUUAAGACCUGCUAUCACAAGGAAAUGCCUCAAAUGUCACCUGUCCAGUCGUCUGUCUGGUUUGAUUUGGGUUUUGCACAGCUGAAUGUUAUUUGUUAUAAAUGACAGAACUGUACUCUACUGCAUUGUUUAAUACUGUACAUUUUAGUAUAAAUCCUACAACUGCCUAUUAGAGCUGAACUCGUUUAGAAUGGUAAAAAGUUAAUCUGUUUCAUCUUGUUAAAUUGUCAUAAUGUCUGUUUAUUUUCUGUAGGAGGUUAUUUUCUAUAUAUAUUUUCACUGGUCCUAUAUAUCCACUAAUUAUGAACAUUAAAAUGAGGCUAUUUCGUAUCUUUAUGUUUUUAAAUUGCUGUAGGCCGGUGUUAUUGUCACUGGGACCUAUUCCGAGAAUACAGCUGCAGUGCAAUUUGCAUUUUGUUAAAAAAGGAAAGACAUGCAACUCAAUGUUAUCAGCAAUAAAACCAAGUUGG